CAGCAAUUAGAGUCAGCGACUCAGCACCGCAUCGGCAUAGCCCAGCAAGUUUUGGGGAUAGAGAUAGACAUAUCGUUUGGCUGUCCGAAAAUCAAUCAUCAUCAUCAUCAAUGGCAGCAGCGCCGGCAUAUGCGACUGCCUAUUCUAACACCGCCGUCUUAGUCCCUCGCCUCCACACCACCAAACCCACCGUUCGUUGCUCUGCCUUGCCUUACCUCCCGCCUCGCUUUUCCUCCACAGCUUUCACGGCGUCUACUAAGAACUUUUCAGAGUCCCGUAGGUCUUCUCUGCUUCAGGUCAGAGCCUCUUCUUCAGAAGACACAUCCCUCAACACUAGUGAGCUUUUCACAGACUUGAAGGAGAAGUGGGAUGCAGUUGAAAACAAGUCAACAGUACUUCUCUAUGGAGGUGGGGCAAUAGUUGCCGUUUGGCUUUCUUCAGUUGUAGUUGGUGCCAUAAACUCAGUCCCUUUGCUUCCAAAGAUUAUGGAGUUGGUAGGACUAGGAUACACAGGAUGGUUUGUCUACCGUUACCUUCUCUUCAAGUCAAGCAGAAAAGAACUAGCUACAGAUAUUGAAGCAUUGAAGAAUAAGAUUGCUGGAACUGAAUAAAUUCAUAUGAUUUGGUGUUUCUUUUGGGUACCAUGUAAUUCUUGUACAAGAGGCAAUUGUAUCCUGUUGUAAUGUAGAAUAGGUUUUCUAUCAAUCGUAAUUACUCUUGUGUUUACCAUGUUUUGUUCAUCAAGAAAGACUUGGGCAGCUUUA